AUGAAGUACCCUGACGACCUUUCAAACUGGUCGCCCAACAAACAUAUCAGUAAACCAAAGCCCGGUGGUCGUUUUGCAUUUAAACCACAAACGACCCUCUCAUCAAAACAACAACCUGACUUCUCCAAACUUGGCCCGAGCCGUACGCAUUCCAAGACACGUCUCAGCGAUUCUACUGCUCUUCGAGACCUCGGCACUAUGGUCAACGAACGGGCGCCUCCCAAGGUGCCUCUAAACUCCAUCAACCCGAAUGGAGAAAACACAUCCCGCGAGUUGUCUCCCGACGAUGAUAUCACUGCCCUUGUCCGUGGUAUGAGUUCGCUCAAAGGCAAGGUUCGGGGAGACAUGGGCGACCCCUUUAAUCCCGCCGACGCAACCAACACGCCCACAUUCGGUCAUCCUACCAAGAUGAUGUCCUCUCGUAAGCAGAGAGCAGACCCUUUCAUACGGCAGAAGACACGACCGGAACACCACCUCGAUAGUCGAAGCAGCAACAGCAACAACGGUGCUAGAAUCACAGGCCCCCGAGGCCCUGUAUACCAGGAUCGAAGACCACCACCAAUGCCCAUGUUCAGCUCGGGUGCACCCUCUGCACCACCAGUUGCAUCCUCAUAUGCGCCAGCAAGACAUUACGGCGAGGAGACUUUCUACACAGACCCUGCCAAGGCGAGUGCUGACUUGAAGGCUUUGCUUGAGGGUGGCAUGGAGGAGGGCGAAGAGGAGGGUGGAGAACAAAGCCAAGCUGAUCGCCCAAAGACAUCAGAAGAUCCAAAGGAUGCCAAAGACGGCACAGUGGAUGGCCUCAAGGUCAAGCUACUGCCUCACCAGGUCGAAGGAGUUGAGUGGAUGCGAGGACGAGAACUUGGCCCUGUGAAGCGAGGAAAAGUCCCCAAGGGAGGCAUUCUCGCCGACGACAUGGGUCUUGGAAAGACUCUUCAGACCAUUUCACUUAUCCUCACCAACCAAAAACCAUCCAAGGACGCACCUGGAUGGAAGAAGCACUUUGAGAAGAUCGAAAAGACAACUCUGGUGGUGGCGCCACUUGCUUUGAUUCGACAAUGGGAACACGAAAUUAAUGAUAAAGUGGAAAAGACCCAUGGCCUCAAAGUCUGCGUACAUCAUGGACCGAACCGUACCAAGCGAUUUAAGGAGCUCGCUCUAUAUGAUGUUGUCAUCACAACUUAUCAAAUCCUGGUCUCUGAACAUGGCAAUUCCUCAGAUGCCGAGAAUGGGUUGAAAGCGGGAUGCUUUGGCUUGCACUGGUGGCGAGUCGUUCUCGACGAAGCCCAUACAGUCAAAAAUCGCAAUGCAAAGGCUACCAAGGCUUGCUACGCCCUCAACUCUGAAUACCGAUGGUGCUUGUCUGGUACACCUAUGCAGAACAACCUCGAUGAACUCCAGUCCCUUGUCAAAUUUCUCCGCAUUCGACCUUACGACGAUCUCAAGGAGUGGAAGGAGCAUAUUGAUCUACCCCUGAAGAAUGGCCGCGGUCACAUCGCCAUCCGCAGACUACACAGUCUUCUCCGAUGCUUCAUGAAGCGAAGAACCAAAGAAAUUCUCAAGGAAGCUGGAGCACUUAACCCUGGUGGUAAGCCUUCCGCCGAGGGUGAGGGGUCCUCAACAGGCUUCAAGGUCACAGAACGAAAGGUUGUUACUAUAUCGACUGCAUUGUCACCUGCAGAGCGCAAGUUCUACGAUCGAUUAGCUGCUCGGGCAGACCGAAGUAUCGAGCAGAUGAUGCAAGGCAAAGUCAACUACGCCAACGCUUUGACUCUGCUGCUCCGCCUACGUCAGGCCUGCAAUCAUCCCAAACUGGUUGAGGGCAAGCUGGAGAAGGACAAAGACGCAAUGUCUACAGACGCUACCCAGAAGACCCAGGAUACGGACAUUGAUGCCAUGGCUGACAUGUUCGCUGGUAUGGGCAUCGUUUCUAGGGACUGUAAUAUUUGUGGGCGAGGCUUGAGUCACGAUAAGUCAGGCAAAGACAUCUGCUCUGACUGCUACGAUGACCUAGCAUAUUUCAACAACCACGAAAGGCCAGAGCGGUCAGAGCGACCCAAGAAGUCCAAGAAGCCCAAGGAUAAGAGCAGGAAGAAAGACAAGAAGGAGGAAACUGUUGACGAAAAAGUCAUUGACAGGCAAAUUGUUGAAGUUGAUGAUGAUGAAGAUGACGACGACGAGUCCCCUAAGAAGACCUCGGGGCGACCUCACCACCGAAACACGGUAGUUGACAGUGAUGACGAGGACGCAGAGUCCCCAAAGAAGACAGCUCGCCAGCCUCGGAAUCGCAACGCCAUCGUUGACAGCGAUGAUGAGGAAGAAGAGGCGGAAGGCUCAUGGCUUGUGCCCGAGGAUCAGCGGGGCUCCCUACAUCUGGGAGAGGCUGGUGGCGAAGAAGAUGAGAAUGCCGAGGGCGGAGGCGACUGGAUUGGCUCCGAUGACUCAGAAGAUGAAGAGAGUAAGGUUGAAGACAAGAGCAACUUGAGCAGCUUCAUUGAGAACGACGAGAGUAAAGGGGGCGUGGCUUCUGACUCUGAUGACUCCUUGGCGUCAUUGACAGAUAUCACAAAGCGCAUGGCUGCCCAGACGCUGUACGAUGGGCCGUCUCACGCAGCUGACACCACAAAUGCAGGCACAGAUGCUGAUACUACGACCGCCGAUACUACGGCUGCUGAUACGACAGCUGUUUCUGGAUUAUCAGCCUCGGAUUCGGGAUCUGACUCUGGCUCUGAUUCUGACUCUGAUGAAUCAGAUGUCUCGUCUGAAGAAGACGAUAGUAUUUUCCAUCCGUCCCGCGAUCCCAAGUCGCCUCAAGUUCUCGCUUCUUCCAAGAUUCGAGAGCUCAUCAAGAUUCUUCAGGGCGAAGUCAAGGAGCACAAGUUCAUCGUCUUCUCCCAGUUCACUUCUAUGCUUGAUCUUGUUGAGCCCUUCUUCCGCAAGGAACGGUUCCGCUUUGUCCGUUAUGAUGGCAGCAUGAAGAACGAUCAGCGCGAAGAAAGCCUACGAAAGUUAAGGGGCGAUCCUCAGACCCGCAUCCUGCUGUGUAGUUUGAAGUGCGGUAGUUUAGGACUCAACCUCACGGCAGCGACCCGAGUUGUCAUCCUCGAGCCCUUCUGGAACCCAUUUGUCGAAGAACAGGCCAUUGAUCGUGUCCAUCGUCUGACCCAGACAGUCGAUGUGAUCAUCUACAAGCUCACAGUCGCUCAGACUGUCGAGGAGCGUAUCCUUGAGCUGCAGGAGAAGAAGCGCGAGCUGGCCGAGCAGGCCAUCGAGGGUGGCAUGCGUAAGGAGGCUCUCAAGCUCGGCAUCAAUGAGAUCAUCAACCUCUUCAAGCCAGGAUCUUCGGAGAACCCAGUUGUUAUUGGCGCUGAUCCCUCCGCUGUCGGCAACGAGAGCUUCAAUGGCAACGAACGUAGAACUGCGGCUUCGUCGCAGAGACGGCCAGGGCGGCCUAGAAAGGAAGAGAGUGAGGUGUAUGGUCGACGAUGGUAA